GGUUUUCUUCGCUCCCGUUAUAUAUUUCUGCUGCAUUCUAAUAAGAACUUUACUCUUCUUCUUCCUUUUUCCCUUUCGUGGCAUAAAUUGUCUUACGUCGCCAAAUUAUUUGAUCACCAACCCCAUCCAACCUCCUCUAUACUAAUAUAACGCAAGAGCUCUGUUACAAUCACAGCACCAUGGAUGCCAAAACACCACUACUACCAACAUCAGCUUCCGCGCCAGCUGAAGUAAUAUGCUGUCGUCACAGACGCCUUUCGCGUUGGGCGCUUGUUAUCAGCAUGUUUGCUUUGGCUCAUGCUGUCUUCCAAACACUCCGCUGCUCGUUCAGUCAUCAUGCCCGACAAGUGACUGCACCUUCAUCUCCCUACUAUGCAUUGGAUGAAGGCUCGUUCUCUGAAGCAAAGUUUUGUUACUAUGACCCAUCUAAUCCGUGGGAAACAAUCACCUCAGAAUACACAGUUCCAGCAUCGGCUUUUCAUGGCUUGGAUAUUGAUAUGAAAGACUCGCGUUACAUUAACUAUCAGUAAUACCACUUCAAAAAAAAGAGCGGUCAAGUAGAUGUCGUCGUUGACGAUUCCAUCAAGGAAACAACAGUCCGUUUCGAUCUAGCGUUCAGUAACCCAGAGGAAGAAGAUCUAGUUGAGAUUUCCAAGGAAGAAAAAACGGAU